AUGGUGAACGGACAAUCAAUUGAACUCCAAGAUCUGCUUUGCCGCAUGCCGAAAAACGACGUUUGCUACGAGGGAAACAUUCAGAAAGACCAGUUCGUCAUUCAACUCUUCAACGAAGAGCCUUUGGUCGCCCUUUCACCGAGGUCAAACCGAGAGUGUAUCUAUCAGCUAUUCGCCCUGUUCAAUGUAAGGAUAAGACAUGACGUAGGAAGCCUGUCCACGUUGUUGAAGAAGUUCUACUUCAUGCAAAGGAAGAUGCUUAGACGAAUUGAGGAUACUUUUUGCUUGGUAUGCUAUAACGAAGAAGUUUAUGCAGGAGCGGAUACAUGGGUAUAA